AUGUCCCUCGAGCCUCUCACUCUCGCGUCCCUCCUCUCCCUCCCCGUCGAAGCGGUUUCCGCGAAGCUUCGCUCCACGCCGCCCGCGCAUUUGGAGCAGCUGCGCGUCUCGCUAUGGGACAUCCUCGGCACGCCCGACCGCAAGCCGGAGUUCCUCUCCCUCCAGCGCCUGCUUAUAACGCGUACGGGCGCCGGCGCGGGCCUUUCCACAGAGUCCCUCUCCCGCGCGCACUACACGCAUCUUAAGAUCCUCGUCGCGGUUCGGACCGGCAUCCAGGCGUUUCUACACCCCGAUAUCGCCAUCCCGCCGACGUCUUUAAUCGAAAUCUUCCUCCGCCGCCGCUGCCAGAACAUGGCCUGCCAGAGCCCGCUUCCCGCGGGCGGCUGCCGCUGUCGUUUCUGCACGACGGGCAACGGCGAACCGGGGGGAUCCGGCCGGGCGGGAACAGACGGGGGAGCGACAAAUACCGCCGGGAUUUCCGUGGGGGCGGGGGGAAGCGCGGGGGGCGCGGGGGGAAGAGGCGGAGGGCAGGCGGGCGGGGGGGCUGCGGAGGGCUCCGCGGACGGGGCGACGGCGGCGACGAGUGCGCAAUUCGCGUGCCCCGCGUGCGCGCGGUCGUCGGAGCUGUUUGGGUUCGUGCGCGACGUGUUCCGCCUGUGCUCCGCGCAGUGGGACGCGGAGGCCGCGCGGAGGGAGCUGGAGUGCGUGGGGGGGAUCUUCGGCGCGAGCACGGACGCGAUCGGGCGCGAGCUUGCGCGGAGGGCGGCGCUGGCGCUGAGGGAGCUGCGGGAGGGGCGCAGGGCGUGCGCGGACAUUUGUCGCGACAUGCAGCUUUUCUUCGCCAGCAGCGCCUCGUUCGUCCCUGCUCCUCCCAAUCCUGCCACCCCCGCCGCUUCAGCAGCUUCUGCUCCUCACCCUCCCCCAACAAUGGCGGCGCCCUCCCCUGCUCCUCCCGUCGCCGCAUCUGCUCCCGUUGCUGCCCCUCCUGCUCCUGCUCCUCCUCCUCCUGCUGCUGCUUCUACUGCCGCUUCUCCCAUCCCUUCCAUGGGCCCGGUUGCCUCCGCCACAGGCUCGGCCAGACCUGCUCCCGGGCUUCCCGGUCCAGGUUCGGGCCAUACCAGACCCAGCUCCGGUCCCACCGCGCCCACGUCAGCGCUUUCCAAACCUCCGUCUCUGCCUCGGUACCAAUCCAGCCUGGAAGCAGCGCGAGAGGCUUUGGCGGAAUGCCAUAGGGACGUUCUAGGGAAGCGGAAAGAGGCAGCGGCGGUGGAGGAGGAGCGAGCGCGGAAGAAAUGGCAGGUGCAGGAGCUAGAAGCGGUUGCUGCGUCGCGAUUGGCCGACGCGGAACGUAUGGAGAGAGAAGCGGCGGAGGCGAGGAAAGAGGUCGAGGUGCUGAAGAUGAUUAUUUCAGUGAAGAAAACUACUUCGGAGGAGGAGUUUCGGCGGAGAGGGGUGGAUUUGGCUUUGGAAGAGGCUGAGGCUAAGUAUAGGAAGAUGCUGGGGGUUGUGCAGGCGUUGGAAAGGGAAGACGGGCAGGGGGGGGGUGAGAAGGCGAAGGAAAGGGAGAGUGAGAGAGAGAGGGAGGGGGAAAGGGAGCGAGAGAGGGGAAGAGAGAGGGGAAGAGAGAUGGGAGCUGACACAGUAGAAGAACAAGAGGAGGAGAUGGAGGAGGAGGAGGAUGGGGGAACGGGAAGGCACCGUCCAAAGCAGCAGCUGCUACAGCCGCAUGAGCAGAGCCUGCAGGGGAGAGAGGGGCAACGGGAGCAGCGUGAAGAGCAGGCGCAGUGGGAGCGGCAGGGGAGGCAGGAGCAGUGGGAACAGCAGGGGAGACAGGUUCAGCGGGAGCAGGAGCGACAGAGGGAGCAGCAGGAACAGCAGGUACAGCAGGGCAGGCAGGAGCAGCGGGAGCAGCGUGAGAGGCGGGAGCAGCGGCAGCAGGAGGGGCAGAGGGAGCAGCAGGGAAGGCGGGAGCAGAGGGAGCAGCAGGGAAGGCGGGAGCAGAGGGAGCAGCAGGGGCAGCAGUGGAGGCUGGAGCAGCGGGAAGAGCAGGAGCAGCUGGAGCAGCGGGAGCAGGAGGGGCAGCAGGUGCAGGAAAAGAGGCAGCAGCAACAGCAGAGCGUGGAUCCGAGUAGUUAUGAGAGCAGCAGGAUUCAAUCACAGGGUGUUUCAAGAGAUGGGUUCGAUGCGGUUGAGAGGGAUAAGGAGAGGCAGAAGGAAAAGGUCAAGGAUAUGGGUGAGCGGAAGGAGAAGCAUGGGCAGAAGGAUGGGAUGAAAGGUCAUGAGGAGGGUCAAAAGACUGCUGCUGCUGCGCAAGAGGGGCGACAGGGGCAAAAGGGUGAAAAGGAGCGACAGGGGCAAGAGGGGGAAAAGGAGCGACAAGGGCAAGAGGGGCGGGAGGGGGAAAAAGGGGGACAGGGACGAGAGGAGCAAACAGGGCAAAAGGGACGAGAAGGGGGUCCGACAGAUACUGAGGUGCGGGGACUGGCAGGUAAAGAGAAGGCAGAUGAAGAGAAGGCAUCUGGGGAAGGUACAGCUGGGGAAGGUACAACUGGGAAAGGAGGUGUCACUGAGAAGGAAGGUGCCUCUUCCGACAGCGAUGUGGAAGAGGUGAAAGAGGAGAGCGGUGCAGAGCGGUUGAGUGAGAGAAAACGGGUUGAGGCAGCUGUUGAAGGAACAGCUGCUAGGGAGAAGGGGGAGAAGGGAAAAGUGGAGAGGGGGGAGAGGGAGAGGGGAGGAGCUGGAGGGGAGGGAAAGGGGGAUGAGGAGAAGGAUGGGAAGAGAGAAGGGGAAGGGAAUGGGGGUUUAGCGGUCAAGAGAAAAUCGAGCGCGGAUGCUGCUACUGGCACUGCUGAUACUGAUGGUGGUUUGGAUAAGGGUAAGGAGGUAGGCGCGUUGGCGGUGGACGCCGCGCCGCGUGCGGCGGAGAUUAAGGACGCGAAGGACCGCCGGGCAUUCAACCGUUCAACCGCCCGCCAGCCGACCACCGCACAUGGGCCACACUUGUGUGUCGUCCCCUCUGCCAUGCUCUCAUCUCUCCCUCCCUUCUGUCCCCCUCCUCUUCUACCCUUGCAGGGCAUUCAGCCAUUCAACCGCCCGCCAGCCGACCAUCGCACAUGGGCCACUCUUGUUGCACCGGGGAUUUGCCCUCUCUAUUCCUGUCAGGGGGCUGAGGCAGAGCUCUACGCGUCUCUCCCUCCCCCUGACCGCGUGCGCAUCUUGAAAGCUCUCUGCGAGAUUCGGCUGGAUCAAGAGGACACGCGAGUGGUGGUAGAGGCGGUCAUGAAGAAAAAUCCCGAGGAGAUUGCUGCCCUAUCCCCUGGCUCCCUCUCGGACCCUGCUGUACCCAUCCCCACCGCGCAGCAAGAGGACACUCGAGUGGUGGUGGUAGAGGCGGCCAUGAAGAGGAACCUUGAGGAGAUUGGUGGCUUAUCCUCUAGCCCCUCUGUAUCCCUCUCGGACCCUGCU